GGGGGGCCGGGCCGGGGGGGCCGGGUCUGGGGGCCCGGGGGGGCCGGGCCGGGGGGUCCCCAUGCCGAUGCCCCCCCAGAUGGAGUUCCUGACCGGGUACCGGGCGGAGCUGCUGGAGCUGGUGUCGCUGGUGCUGGGCUGGCGGCGGGGGGCGGCGGGGCCCCCCCCGAGGCCGGGGGCUCUGCGGCAGCUGCCCCCCGAGCCGGGGCCCUGGGUGCUGCACGCGCUGCCCAACACCCGCCUGGGGGUGGCCCUGCCCGCGCGGGGGGCGCGGCGGGGGGGGCCCUGCGGGGACCCCCGGGGACCCCUCUGCGGGGGCACGGCCCUGACGCUGCCCGACCUCAGCCGCACCCUGGCCUUCGUCAGCCUGGAGGAGGAGGAGGAGGAGGAGGAGGGCGGCGGGGCCCCCCAGGGUAACGGGACCCCCAAAUCCUGGAACCCAAAGCCGGUCCCUGAGCUCGGCUGGGGACGCGCAGCCCAUGGGACCCCACACCAGACCCCAGAGAGACCCCGCAAUCCCCCCCCCCCCAGCACCCCGAAACUGAGCCCAGGCAUGAACCUGAACUUCACUGAGGGGGACCCCAAAUCUGAGCCCAAGGGACCCCGAAGUCCCUCCCUUGGGACCCCAAAUCUGAGCCCAAGGGACCCCGAAACCCCCCUCCAGACCCCCAGACCCAUACACCCCCGCACACCCCCGAGCCCCCCAGAACCCCCCAGACCCAUACACCCCCGCAGACCCCCUGACCCCCCCGACCCCCCAGGCCGGGUGCUGGUGGUGACGCAGGUGCUGCUGCUGACGGACGCCCGCGGGGUCCCCCUGGGCUUCGAUUUUGAGCUGGGGGCCCCCCACGCCCCCCCCGCGCCCCCCCCGACCCGCCGGGCCCUGGGCCUGCUCUGCCGCGCCAUGGGGUGCCCCAUGGCCGGGGGGCCCCCCCGCCGCCCCCGCCAGCUCGCCGUGGGGGACGCCAGCCUGCACGCUGCCCUGCAGCCGGCCGCUGCCCGCCUGGGGGUGACGCUGGUGGGGACCCCCCUCCGGGGCUGGGGGCCCCCCCCCGCCCUCGGCACCCCCGCGCUGCGCUCCCGCCUCUGCCACGCCUGCGGGGGGCUCGCCCGGACCCCGCUGCGCUGCCCGCAGUGCCGGGCCGUGCUGUACUGCUCCGAGGGGUGCCGGGCGGCCGAGGCUGUCGGGGCGCACCGCGGCUGGUGCCGGCAGCUCGGGGGGUUCAUGGGGCGCGCGGCCGCGCUGGCGGAGCUGCCCUUCGCCUUCACCGAGCUGUCGGUGCUGCUGCCCCACGUCUCCCUGGAGCUGCUGUUCCUGGGGGGCUCCGUGCCCCACCCUGGACGGGCGGCGCUUCCUGCUGCACCGCACGGAGGUGCAGGAGCUGCUCCCAGGAAACCCCCAAAAACAGGGGGGCCCCGGGGGGUGCAGGUGGGGUUCAGCACCCGGCCCGGCCCCCGCCCUGACCUCGUCAUCGGGUUCAACCCCGGCUUCGCCCUGAAGGAGUCGUGGCUCAGCGCCCUCCCCCGCCUGCAGGCGCAGCGCGUCCCCGCCUACUUCGCCGAGGGGGGGGAGUUCGGCUGCGCGGCGGCGGGGGCGGCCGUGGCGGCGGCCACGGGGGGCGGCGCCGGACCCCCCCUCCUCAACCCCUUCCGCUGCCCCCUCCGCCGGCGCGGCCUCGACAACGCCCUGCCCUGGUACGCCAACGCCUUCAUCUUCCAGCUGCUCUACAAGGGCGGGGCAGGGGGGCCCCACCCCCCCCCGGUGGCGCCCGCCGCCCCCCGCCCCCCCCCUGCCGGCGCCCCCCGCGAGCGCCGCCGCCCCCCCCGCCCCCCCCGCCGCCGCUGAGCGGGGACCCGGGGG